AUGAGUCCUCCGCCGAGAUGUGCCGCUGUCGUUGUCGGAGCCGGCCCCGCUGGAUUGGCAGUCGUGGGCAAUCUCCUUGAGAAGCAACUCGGCACCAUCGUCUGGGUCGACCCUUAUUUCCAAGGAGGUCGUGUAAAUCGGAAGUAUCGUGAGGUCCCGAGCAACACCAAAGUGGCACUGUUCCAAGCGUUUGCAACCGCGGUCCAGCCCUUUCGGUCUGUCAUCAACAGUACACGUAUUCCCAAUGCUUUCACUACAAUGGCGAAGCUCGACCAAGAGACGACCUGUCACCUCCACCAUGCGGCAGAUGUCGUUCGAUCUUUGACCGAUGGUAUCGUAAAGAUGGAUCAAGUGCAUGCUUUUCGCGGCCAUGUUACCGCUGCCAAUCUAGACCGCACACAUUCAUGGACUGUACGCAUCCAAGGCGCGGACACCCCUGAUGAUUUGGAGGUUAUGACAUCCCGCUUGAUCCUCUGCACUGGGUCGUCUCCGGCGCAAACGCCUAUGCCAGUCGAUGCAGACAACGUCCAGAGACUUGACUUAGACGUAGUCUUGAAACCAAGCGAGCUGGCCUCGACUCUUCCUCAAAAAGCGCCAACCACCGUCGCAGUAGUCGGCGCUUCACACAGCGCCAUCCUAGCCCUACUCAAUCUCCACGACCUAGCUCGCUCUUCCCACCCACAUCUCCGCAUCAAAUGGUUUACCCGCCACCCACUCCGGUACGCCGAAUACAAGGAUGGCUGGAUACUCCGCGACAACACUGGGCUCAAAGGUCGCGCAGCCGAUUUUGCCCGGCAGCAGCUAGAGGACAGUGCGCUACCGACAUCAGAUGCAGGCCGAUUCAUCACUAAGGUUGAUUGCGCCGGUGGCCAACGUAAAGAAACAGCGCAGUAUCAAAAACACCUUCCCUCAUGCACAUACUUGACCCAGGCAAUCGGGUACAUCCGCGACCCUCUCCCAGAACUCUCCAUCAACGGAUCCCUAUUGCCUCCCGAUGAUUUCCAGUGGGAUUCAGGCUUUGGCGGCUUCACUGACCGCAACGGCGGACCUAUUCCUGGUCUAUACGGUGCGGGCAUCGCGUUCCCGGAACGUGUCAUCGACCCCUACGGUAAUGUAGAGCAUGCCGUGGGGUUCUUCAAAUUUAUGAAGUUCCUUAAUCGUGUUUCUCCACAGUGGGCUGCUAUGGCAUGA